CCCCAUCCCAGCCCAUCCCCGUCGUUUGCUCGCUCAAAGCACUUACAGUAUUUGAAAGCGCACGACGCUGCUCAUCACUCGUGUCGUCUGCCUUAGACGCAGUUCGCCCCUGCUAUGGCCACCGCCAUGGAUCCCUUCCCAUCCGUCAGAGCAUUACCGGCAUCAUACCACAUGGAUCUGCCUCUGGAGCCGAGGGCGUGCCCUCAUCCGCCUCGCGAUCAACCCCUGACGGACACCCAUCUUUCCCCGCCCCGCGCCCAUCCCUCCCCCAUCCACAAGCGCAAAGAGCGCAGCUUCUCGCCUCCGUCCGCCCCCUCCGAUCAGACGCAGGCGCGCAAUGCGCCCUCGUCGUCGUCCCUCCCACAUUCGCCGCCUCUCGUUGUCGCCACUGACGGCCGGUACCAUGGCGCCACCUGUGCCGCCUGCGACACUUGCGCCACCUGCGCCGCCAGCAGCAACUGCGUUCCAGACGACUGGCCACUCGCUGAGCAUGCGACACCACGAGAUAUGUCACGGCCUCUACCGGACGACUUCCGACAACGCGCCGCCGCCGCCGCCGCCAGUGUGCGAGGAGACGGCGCAGGCCCAGAAGCUGCCUUUGAGAACUUUCAUGUACGCUCUCUCGCGUCGGAAAUUCCGCCCACGUUCUGGGAAACGCAAAGGGCGCAGAAGCAGCGCCGCCACCCCGUUCCGCACUUCCGCGGCAGUAAAGCACCAGUGUCGCCAUUGGGAGCUGGCUCACGAGCGAGAGAACGGUUGGCAUCGGUAAGGGAGAGCAGCAGCAAGAGCAGCGGCUUUGAUCGUAGCACGACGAUCAACGGUGGGGAUGCUGCUACCUCGACGGUCUCUGGCGUUGGAUCGUUAGUGGCGAGCCGAAGGUUCCUGCCUCGGACGUGGAGCGGGCCUGUGGAACGGCCUUCUCGCCUGGAGAGCCUGUUUAUGAGAUCAGGCUCGGCAAAGGGCAAAACCCUUGGAGACACUAGUGGAAGAUCCGGGUUUUUCACUGGCAGCGGAAAGAAGUCAGGUGCGGGUGUUGAUGGGAAGGGAGAAGCAGAAGGGAAGGGGAAUCAACGGAGCAGAAUGGAUGUGCUGAAGGUGGUAGCUGGUGGGAGGGUUUUGCCAAGGGAUGGUGGUGGGUGUGAUGAGGGGAGUGAUGAAUCCCAAGAUGGUCACUUGGAGGUCCCUGAAGUUGUGUCUUGUUUUUGGCAAAUCUAGAUUAUUGCCAUUCUCACCAUGAGUGUAUGGUGAGCUAUAUAUGGUAACGUGGGAAUAUAUCACGUGCAUUCUU